ACAAUUCGCGACGGUCAUUGGACGGGUUUCUCUCAGUGUCCAUUCGCGGUUAUCUUUUGCCCAAUAUUCCAUUUCCAACAAAAAUCUCACGACCUUUCCCCCACUCUCUCGAAAGUGCUCCCACCUUUUUUCUCCCUACAUUCACACUCUCUCACGAAAAAUUACAAAUACAAGUUCUUUAGAUCUGAAUCAACAGCUCAGCUAGCCGGAGCCAGCAGAAUUACUGAUGGAGGCGGCACCAUCACUACCGAAGGCUGACGACGUUGGUUCGUCCUCGAGUUCCAGUGAAGUUUCCGUGAAGUUCGACAAGGAUGAUCGUUCGGAAGUUUAUUCUACUGCUGUUGAUAGUGGCGGAAAUGGUGCUGCUGCUCCUUCACUUUCCAAUGGUGGCAGCGACUCUUCCGGGAGUGCCGAGGCGAUUAUUUCUAGAAUAAACACAAUGCUUCCAGAAAUUUUGAACUCCGAAAAGUUAGAGCGGCCGUCAAGUGAAGUUAAGCUGGAAAGAUUAAAGACUGAAUGGCAAAGACAUAAUAAUAAUAAUAUACUUGCCGAAGAGGCAGCACAAAUAUUCGAUGAUAAAAUCUCUGUCCAGCAGAAGCUCAAAUUGUUGAAAAGAAUAGCCACUGUUAAAGAUGAUGGAACUGUAGAAUUUGAAGUUCCGGGAGAUGAAGAACCUCAAACUCUUGGAGUUGUUUCUGAAAAUGUAUGUAAUGAAGUUGGUGAAGAACCUCUUGAUGCAACGGAGCUUCAAUACAUCCCCCCAUUGCAGAUUGUAAUGCUUAUUGUUGGGACCCGUGGAGAUGUACAACCAUUUGUUGCAAUCGGGAAAAAACUGCAGGAUUACGGUCAUCGUGUUAGAUUGGCAACUCAUUCAAAUUUCAAAGAGUUUGUUUUGACUGCUGGGUUGGAAUUUUAUCCUCUUGGUGGUGAUCCCAAAGUUCUUGCUGGAUACAUGGUUAAAAACAAAGGGUUUUUGCCAUCUGGGCCAUCAGAAAUACCUAUACAAAGAAAUCAGAUGAAGGAAAUAAUAUAUUCUCUACUUCCAGCGUGCAAGGAGCCUGAUCUUGAUUCUGGGAUUCCUUUCAAAGCUGAAGCAAUUAUAGCCAAUCCCCCAGCAUAUGGGCAUACACAUGUUGCAGAGGCACUGAAUAUACCAAUUCAUGUGUUUUUCACAAUGCCAUGGACGCCAACCAGUGAAUUUCCUCAUCCUUUGUCCCGUGUUAAGCAAUCAGCUGGAUAUAGGCUAUCAUAUCAGAUUGUCGACUCCUUGAUUUGGCUAGGAAUACGGGACAUGAUAAACGAUGUUAGAAAAAAGAAGCUGAAGCUACGGCCAGUCACAUAUUUGAGUGGUUCACAGGGGUCUGAGACGGAUAUUCCACAUGGAUAUAUAUGGAGUCCUCAUCUCGUUCCUAAACCAAAAGAUUGGGGACCUAAGGUUGAUGUGGUUGGAUUCUGCUUCCUCGAUCUUGCAACAAAUUAUGAACCGCCGGAGUCACUUGCAAACUGGCUUAAAGCGGGUCCAAAGCCUAUCUAUGUUGGGUUUGGUAGUCUCCCUGUUCAAGAGCCGGAGAAAAUGACACAAAUAAUUGUUGAAGCUUUAGAAAUAACGGAACAAAGGGGAAUCAUUAACAAAGGCUGGGGUGGCCUUGGUAACUUGGCAGAACCAAAUGACAAUAUAUAUCUGUUGGAUAACUGCCCUCAUGACUGGCUUUUUUUACAAUGCGCUGCUGUGGUACACCAUGGGGGUGCUGGAACGACGGCUGCUGGUCUCAAAGCUGCGUGUCCAACAACUAUUGUCCCUUUCUUCGGUGACCAACCUUUUUGGGGAGAUAGAGUACAUGCUAGAGGUGUUGGUCCUCCACCCAUACCAGUUGAUGAAUUUUCACUUCUGAAGUUGAUAGAUGCAAUUAAAUUUAUGCUAGAUCCCAAGGUGAAGGAGCGUGCAUUUGAACUUGCAAAGGCCAUGGAGAAUGAAGAUGGGGUAGCAGGAGCAGUGAAAGCAUUCUUUAAGCACCUUCCUUGCAAAAAACUUGACCCUGAGCUGGAACCUGCGUCAUCGAGUCUAUUUUCUGUGAGAAGAUGCUUUGGUUGUUCCUAGGUUUUGAGUGGAUGGUAUUGUGAUAAAAUCACUUUCGUUUAUUCUUUAUUAACGAUUGAAGUAUGAUAAUGUCAUCAUAUGAGCAAUAAUUUCUUGAUUUAGUACUUUUCUCCCAAUCUUUGUUUUUCUGCCCUCGCCCUUUGCCUCCUAGUGCUCAGCCCACCAUUGCUUCUUUUGAAGUCAUACCGAUCUAUGGUGGUCGUCUUUAUAGAUAACUUAGAACACGUUAGUUGAGAUUGCACUAUUUUGUUCUGCAAUCUUUAUUUUUUAGUUCAUGGUGCUUAGCCGUGUGCUCUGUAAAUUUUGGUUUUAAUCUCUCCCAUCAAAGGAAUCAUUGAGAGAAUUGCUUCAGGAAUUCAUUUGUAACACAUUUCUAGUCAAGUGUGGUAUCAAAAAUUUAUUUAGCU